AAAAAUGAACCCAAAUCACUACUUAGAAAUUAAUAAAAGCAAAACCCUAGCUGUCCCUCUCUUCCUCUUUCGUGGCCCUCUCCCUCACAUAUAGACGAAGACGCAGAGGAAGAGAGGAGUUCAAAUUUUGCUUACAUCACGCUCCAGGGUCCAAAAGUCAGAGCAGUUAAAAAUGCAGUCCAAUGAAGCUCCCAUUUCCAUGGAAGUUGAAGCAGUUCCAUCUGAACCAAGUUCAGCAUCUGCGGCUUUGCCACCAAAACCAAUUUUUGAGCCUUUGAAGGCUCAUGAGAUGUCAGAUGGUCGAGUCCAGUUCCGGAAAGUCUCUGUUCCGCCACAUCGAUAUUCACCUCUCAAGAAAGUAUGGUUGGACAUUUACACCCCAGUUUACGAGCAGAUGAAGAUAGACAUUCGUAUGAAUCUCAAGGGUCGCAAAGUUGAGUUAAAGACUAGAGCUGACACACCUGACGUGAGUAAUUUACAGAAGUGUUCUGAUUUUGUUCAGGCUUUCAUGCUGGGGUUUGAUGUGAUAGAUGCAAUUGCUCUUUUGCGUAUGGAUGAGCUGUAUGUGGAGUCUUUUGAGAUCAAGGAUGUUAAAACACUUCGUGGGGAGCACUUGUCUCGUGCUAUAGGAAGACUGUCCGGUAAAGGUGGUAAAACAAAGUUUGCCAUCGAGAAUGCUACAAAGACGAGGAUUGUGAUUGCUGAUACCAAGAUUCACAUACUGGGCUCUUUUGCAAAUAUUAAAGUUGCAAGGGAUUCUCUUUGCAGCCUUAUCUUGGGGUCCCCUGCUGGAAAAGUGUAUUCAAAAUUAAGAGCAGUUACUGCCAGAUUGGCAGAAAGGUUUUGAUUUUAGUCUGUGAUACCUUAGAGAGUUGGUCUUGAGUAAUGCAUUUGUUAUAGCCAAUUAUAGUUUGAGUAUUCGGAGGAUGCGUGUGGCCCUGCAAGGGUUCUAGGUAUUUUUGUAACUUGAUUAGACAUGACAUCAUUAAGCAUUUCCUUUUUAUGGAAACAUUUUGUUUGAGUUG